AUUACGAUGGAAUAUUUAUAACAAUACUCAAGAUUCUGGAUUAUUUCGUAAUUUUGAUUUUGAUGAUCAAGGUAAUAUGAGCAUCAAUAUCUUUCUAACGAAUAAUCCCAUUUCAAUGUUUGAUACAGCUAUCAACACGUUUUAUCAAGUUCUAGAGCCGAUAUAAUUUGAAAAUUGAUCGGCUCAGUCGUCCUAUAGAUAUUCGAAAAAAAACCGUUUUUUACCAUUUUUUUCUCCAACGAUAUCUUUCGAAUGAAUCAACCAAUUGAGAUGGUUUUUGAGGUAAUCGGUGCGUGUUGAUAAGUUCGAGCUGAUUAGAUUACGGAAUCGAUUCGGCUCGAUACCCAAUGAAUUUCGAAAAUUUGAACUUUGGCGAUUUGAACUUUGGUAAAUUUGAACUUUGAAUAAUUAAGUAUUUCUUUCAUCAAAAAUAAUUUUUUUCAUUCAUAUUUCAUUCAUAGGUUAUUUCAUUCAAAAAAGUUCAAAUUGUCAAGUUCAAUUUUCAAAGUUUAUUAGGUCGGUCACCCCGAAACCAAUAACUUCCUUUACUUUGAAUAUUUUCGAUUUUCAUAAUGAGAAGUAAAAAAAUCCGAUAUCUUAAGCAAUUCUGCAGCAGCUCUUAUCUAUUACUUUUAUAAUUUUUAGUUGGUACUAGAAAUUUAGUACCAACAUACGCACGACGAGUUUUUCCAUGUUGGGAUGAACCAAUUUAUAAAGCUGAAUUUAUAUUUUCAAUAAAACAUUUUACAAAUGUAACUGUACUAUCAAAUAUGCCGGAAAUUAGUAAUAAAACAAUAAAUGCUGAUAAAACUUUAACCAUUUUCGAUAAAUCACCAAAAUUAUCACCACAUUCGAUUGGUAUUGUAUGUACGGACUAUAUUGUCAUUAAAAAUCAACACAACAAUGUAACCUUCUAUACACUAAUAAGUAAUAACACGAUAAUUGAAAACCUUUUGAAUAUGACGAAUUUAAUUUUGUCAUUGUUGGAAAAGUAUACGAAAAUUCCGUAUCCUAUGCCAAAAUUAGACGUGAUAAUUACACCAGAGAUACCAGCCGAUGGAAUUAAAAAUUUGGGUCUCAUGAUUUUUAACUCUGAAGAAAUAAUUUAUCCAGAAAUUUCAUCAAUAAUGGCACUUUAUCAGAACAAAAAAAUAAAAUUUGUUGUAUUAGUUGAAGCAUUAAGCUAUCAAUGGUUUGGUAACUUGGUGACACCAUCUUGGUGGAAUGAUUUAUGGUUAUCUUAUGGAAUCAGUAACUUCAUAGCUUCCAAAAUCACUGAUCAGGCUUAUCCAAAUACGAGUAAUAGUGCAGAAGACUGGCAAUUAAUUGAAGCGUAUAGAUCAUAUCACCGUUCAAUGUUAUUGUCACCAAUAAGAUUUCCAUCAAUGUUAGACAGUCCAACAAAAAUAAAAAUGCAAUUAGACACAUUUUAUAUCACUAGAGCUGUGCUAAUUGUCAGAAUGUUAGAGCACACAAUAACACCGGAUGUUUAUCAAAUUGGACUACAGAAAUAUCUCAAUAAAAAUAAAUUUUGUGCAGUUACAACAGAAGAUUUAUUCGCUGAUUUGCAAUUUGCAUACAACAGUAAAUUCAAUGGAUCAUUAAAUUUGAAAAAAAUAAUGGAUCCCUGGCUACGGUAUCCUGGCUACCCCAUCAUCAAUAUCUCCCAUAACCGUGAAAAAAAAACGACUCGAAUAAGACAGACAAAUAUUCUAGAUAAUUAUUCGAAAUUAUUACGGACUAUUCCUAUAAAUUAUGCAACUAAAUCAAAUCCAAACUUUUCAACUGCAGAACCUAUUAUUUGGAUGCAACAAAAUGAAUCUUCAAUUACUUUGCCAAAUGUAGAAACUGAUGAUUGGAUUAUUUUGAAUAUUCAACAAUUAAAUCAAUAUCGAGUUAUAUAUGAUGAAGAAAAUUGGCUUCGUAUAAUUGCUUAUUUAAAUACUGAAAGUUAUUCAAAAAUCCAUCCAAUAAAUCGUGCUGUUCUUAUUACUGAAUUGAAUAAAAAGUCAAUUGACGCUCAUAAUUUAAAACUUAUCAUAGAUUUUUUGCCAUAUCUACGUCAAGAAAAAAAUUUAUUGCCACUUUAUAGCGCUUAUCAUCUGAUAUUACGUUUAACUGGAAAAUUAACCUGGCCACUAGUUGAUGGUUUCAGCAAAUACAUAACUUUCAUUUUGGAAUCCAUAAUCAGAAAUCUCAAGUUACAAGAUUAUGGAACUGAUAAUUACUUUUACAAAGAAGCUAACUCCUUAAUAUUAUUAUUUUCACGGAUUUAUUGUACCCACAGUAAUAAUAAUUACUGUAAGACAUUCGCCAAUGAAACUGUUGAUUAUGUUCUAAACAAUCCGUCUGAAGAAAUGUAUCUGCACGAUUAUUUUUAUUCAUGGAGUUUGUGUUUAAUACUAAAUGAUUACAAUGCUAUACAAUGGGAUGAUUUUUAUUCAAAUGAUUAUCCAUUAUUACGUGAUGAUAUAUUUAUGAAAUAUAAAUAUUUACGUUGUGCUAAAUCACCUCAAGUUGUUGAAAAAUAUUUUCCAAAAAUUUUAGAAGAUGAUAUUGUCAGUAAUUCUCAUGAGUUUAUGGAAAUAUGUAAUUUUAUUGUGAAAUACGCUAAUGAUGAUACAAUUUAUAUUUUAUUACAAUAUUAUAUUAAUAAUUUUGAUUUACUUCAAGAAAGAUUUGAAGAUGAAUCUUUUAAUGAAGUUGUUUAUAAUAUGAUGACUCUAUUAAGUGUUUUUAUUAAAAAAGAAGAUCAAUGGGAUGAAUUAAGAGCAUUUAUCGAAUCAAAAAGUAGUGAACUUGAUUCUCAAUAUGAGACUUCAGUUAAAAAUAGUAUGAGUUAUCUUCAUUAUGCGAUUAUCAAUGAAAAACAUAAAUUUGAAAUUAUAAUUAGAAGAAAAUUGGAAGAAAUUUAUUCCACUACUAUAUAAAACAAAAAAACAUUUUUUCAAAUCGUAAAAAUAUUAAUAGUGUAAAAAUAAAAUUGGCUCACUUAAUUUAUAUAUAUAUAUAUAAUGUUUAAUUAAAUAAA